CUCUCUGUCUCUCUGUCUCUCUCUCUCUCUCUCUCUCUCUCUCUCUAGGUCAGUGGCCUCCUCGGCCGCCCCUCUCGCCCCAGGACGUCGGCCCCCUCUCUCUGCCUUUAGUGAAAGAAGCUCUGCUCUUCCAGAAGGUUCCGCCAUGUUCCGGCUGAACCCAGGCCUCUGCUGUCUCCUCCUGUUGCCCCUGGCAACUGCUAAUGUGUUUGUGGGCGAGGCGGCGGCCAAGGAGCUGCUGGGGCGGCGGCGGCGGGCCAACAGUAUGUUCGAAGAGCUGCGUCAGGGCAACCUGGAGCGGGAGUGCAUCGAGGAGCGCUGCGACCAGGAGGAGGCCCGCGAGAUCUACGAGGACAAGGAGAAGACGAAUGAAUUUUGGAGCGUUUACUUUGACGGAGAUGCCUGUCUCGCCACACCCUGUGUGAACGGCGGCGUGUGUAAGGAUGGCAUCGGAGGGUACAGCUGCUUCUGUCAACCAGACUACCAGGGCUUCAACUGUGAAAUAGCCAUCCCGGGACUGUGUGAGAGCAAUAACGGGGGUUGCGACCACUUCUGUCGCGUUGUCCGCGGCGACGUCCGCUGCUCCUGCACCGACGGGUACUUCCUGUCAGCUGACCAGAAGACCUGCCACUCCAACGAGACCUUCAUGUGUGGCGCUCUGUUCCAUGAGAGCACCCGGUCGAUAGCCCCCUGGUACGACGUCACUCUGAACUCCAGCGUGGCGGAGAACGCCUCCCAGUGGGACCUGGGGGACCUGGCCACCCACAGCCCGCUGCCGUGGCAACCAGAGGACUACCCCGCCGACGGCGUCCGCGAGGAGCCCGUGCUGCCGCAGCACCGGGGGCAGACCCGCAUCGUGGGCGGGGACGAAUGCCCCCCCGGAGAGUGCCCCUGGCAGGCUCUCCUCCUGAACGAGGAGGACAGAGGCUUCUGCGGAGGAACCAUCUUGAACCACUACAUGAUCCUGACCGCCGCCCACUGCAUGAACCAAUCACGCUACAUCUACGUCAUCCUCGGCGAGUUCGACACGCGGGUGAAGGAGGGCCGGGAGGAGGCCCACACGGUGGACCGGGUGCUGAUCCACCGCCGCUACGCGCCGGGGACCUUCCACAACGACAUCGCCCUCAUCAAGCUCAGAUCCCCCAUCGCCUUCUCCAGGUUCAUCAUCCCCGCCUGCCUCCCCCAGAGGGAGUUCGCUGAGAAGGUCCUGAUGCGCCAGCCGCUGGGCCUGGUGAGUGGCCUGGGCCGGCUGGGCGAGGGGAAGCAGCAGGCCUCGGUGCUCCAGCGGCUCCUCCUGCCCUUCGUGGACCGCGCCGCCUGCAUGGAGUCCAGCCAGUUCCGCAUCACCAACCACAUGUUCUGCGCCGGCUACGGCGACGGCAAGCGGGACGCCUGCCAGGGGGACAGCGGCGGCCCCCACGUCACCAAGUACCGGGACACCUACUUCGUGACGGGCGUGGUGAGCUGGGGGGAGGGCUGCGCGCGCCAGGGGAAGUACGGCGUCUACACCCAGGUGUCCAAGUACAUCCGCUGGAUCAGGGAGGGCAUGAAGCUGCUGAUGCCCAAGGAGAGGGGCCCUGGGGCGGGGAGGCUGAGGAGGGACGCAGGCCCCCUCCACCGGCCCUGGGUCCCGGCCAGAGCGCCAUAGAGACCGUGGAUCUAUGUGGAUCUAUAGAUCUGGAGAGUUCAGCUGUGCACCAUAGAGACUGUGGAUCUAUAGAUCUAUAGAUCUGUAGAGUUCAGCUGUGCACCAUAGACACUGUGUACAGCCUUAAUGCUGUAGAUCUAUAGAUCUGUAGACUUUGUGUGUACAGCCUUAAUGCUGUA